CCUUUUUGUAACGCGUUGUUACCGUUUUUUAUGCCGACCCACAGCCGUAGGUUAUGAUGUUUAUACACGGACUUCUCUUUCAUAUUUGUCAGAAAUGUGCACUUACCCCACAGGCCCAUUUCAGCCCAUUUCAGUCCAAUCUUGAUCUGAGUGAAGCCAGCAGACACUCUCCUACAUACUCCUCCCUCAGUCUCUGUGGUCGCAUUCCAUAUAUAUUUCAUUCUUGCUCAACAUCUUUGUCAGUGCAUGCUAGGUAAAUCACGUGUGAUUAUCUUUAAAUACACUAAUGUAACUAAAGGAGAAUCAAUAAAUUAUUGCCUCUAAGGAAACCCUGAAAUAUUUAAAGUUCCGGUGGUCGACAGAAGGACAAUACUGGAAAUGACAACUCAAUCACAUGCUGGUUAUCUUUAUUAAUACGUCUGUUCAUCAGGACAGAGCGUGGCACGUUACGAAGAGGGCAAGCAGAUGUCAUUUUGUUUCUGCUCUUUACUGGCUUCAAUACGUCAUGUGAUCCCCUCAGAUCACAUAGAAUCCACUGUGACUAUGAUGUGUGUUCUGCCAGGUCCUCCUGUCAAUGUCACCUGCAACAUCUUCAUCAACAGCUUCGGAUCCAUCACUGAAACAACUAUGGACUACCGGCUCAAUGUAUUUCUGCGACAGCAGUGGAGUGACCCUCGACUGGCAUAUAAAGAGUACCCGGAUGACUCUCUGGACCUGGACCCCUCUAUGUUGGACUCCAUUUGGAAACCUGACCUGUUCUUUGCAAAUGAAAAGGGAGCAAGCUUUCACGAGGUUACAACAGACAACAAACUGCUUCGUAUAUUCCAGAAUGGAAAUGUCCUCUACAGCAUCAGGCUGACGCUUACCCUUUCCUGUCCCAUGGAUCUGAAAAACUUCCCCAUGGACAGCCAGACGUGUACAAUGCAGCUCGAAAGCUUUGGCUACACCAUGAAUGAUCUCAUUUUUGAAUGGCUGGAUGUGGGAGCAGUGCAGGUGGCCGAUGAUCUGACGCUCCCUCAGUUUGUGCUGAAAGAGGAGAAAGGCCUCGGCUACUGCACCAAGCACUACAACACAGGUAAAUUCACCUGCAUUGAGGUCAAAUUCUACCUGGAGCGUCAAAUGGGCUACUACCUGAUCCAGAUGUACAUACCGAGCCUGCUCACCGUCAUCCUGUCCUGGGUGUCGUUCUGGAUCAACAUGGACGCGGCUCCGGCCAGAGUGGGACUGGGGAUCACCACGGUGCUCACCAUGACGACACAGAGCUCUGGCUCCAGGGCCUCCCUGCCAAAGGUGUCCUACGUGAAAGCCAUAGACAUCUGGAUGGCCGUGUGUCUUCUUUUCGUGUUUGCUGCACUGCUGGAGUAUGCAGCCGUUAAUUUUGUUUCACGGCAGCACAAGGAGUUCUUCAGACUGAGGAAGAAGCUCAAAGAGCAACACCGGCAGAGAACCCAGGGAAGCGGUGACAGCAAGGUGAAAGGAAAAAACAUGUCGGGAAACAAUGCUCCUCAUGGCAACACAGCCCAGCAGUGCACUGCCUGUGCCAGGGAGGAGGAGCUGGCACAGCAGGGUUUACUCUUCCAGAGUUUUGGACUUGGAAUGUCAGCAGGAGGUGUACCGGAAAUGGAUGCACCGGUCUUUGCCGAUUUACCUCCUGGCUUAGGUUUCUAUGAUAUCCGCAAGCGCUUUGUGGAUCGGGCAAAAAGGAUUGAUACCAUCGCCCGAGCUCUUUUCCCCAUGAGUUUCCUCAUGUUUAAUGUUCUCUACUGGCUUACCUACAAAGUUCUACGACAUGAAGACCUUCUAGCCACGCUGUGACAAUACAACGAGGACUGUACAGACACUGGAUACCUAUUAAUUCUGCUCUCUUCAUUAAAACAUUUAAAAGGCUGAGAGUCCUCAGCUGUGCCAUGCAAGAUGCGUUGUGACUGCAUGUCCAGUGCCAUUGGGAGAUUCCAUGACAUCGAAGAGUCCAUCAGUUUCUUUUCAUUUUUGAAUACUUCCAAAGAAAUGCACUUUUUCUCAGAACUGAUGCUUUAUGCAUUCCACCUCAGUGUACAAUAUGUGUGCAGUCAGCUUCUUAAGUAUAUCAGCUCACUUUUUUUUUAUUGUAGCUUUAUUGUUGCAGAUCCUAACCAGGCCUACAUUUUUACUUUUUAAUAUUCAUUUUACUGGUGCCAUGGUCAACAGUGUCCAGAGCCACAGGUUUCAUAGAUGGCAUAAGUCACCUCAAUCAGGGAUUACACCUUGCAACAGCAGCAACUCCGCCGUGUUAUUCACUGAUUCUUUACCGGCAAAAACAUAUUUAUUUUCUCUGGAGGCCGCAGAAAUCUCAGCUUGAAUGCAAUAAUUUUUUAAAACAUAACUAUUUUAUCCAACACAUUUUAACAGUUCACAUUUCAAACCCUCCAACAGGAAGCCUGUCUGUAAUAAGGACUGGAAAAAGCUGUUUCCUAAAUUUAAAUGUGAUAUUUGAAGAAGUGAAAAGAUUACAUUAGAUGUGACUAUUAUUAUUAUUAUUAGAUAUGUGAUAUGAUGGCAUUGCACACACAUAGCCAAAUGUAGUACAUCUUUUUUUUAUCAUUCAUCAACCAAAUCUAUCUCAAUUUCAAGUCUUCAGUUUCAAACCUGCAUUUGACCAGAUAUUUAUAUUGUAACGGGUACAAUAGAACAAUUAUCAAAACAUAUUGUUUAACUUGUACCAAGUUCUCCCGAGGCCGGCACAAUGGGUGUGUAAUUGAUGUUUAACAAGGUCCAACUAAGUUACACACACAGAAUACAUUUUCUCUGUAUUUCUUUUGUUUUGUUUCUAGAAACAAAUUUAUCCCCAAAAUUGUUUGUCGGGUCAAUAUAAAAUAAAGAAAUACUUCAAUUUGAAAUACUGACUGCAUCAUAGUGUGAGCUUUGUUAUUUAUGACCGUUUUUAAAUUAUCAUUGUAUCCCUAUAUAUAAUAUGAGAAAACAUGUUUUCCUCUGUAACAGCAUGCCCGGAUCUAAAUCAAAGGAUUACACUUAAUGAUCAGCUGUGAUAUUCAAAUUUUCAAACUAUGACAUUUUCUAAAGGCCAGAGACCAGCAAUUAAGUAGCUCUCACUCCAUUUUUCUUCCACCUAAUACUUUCCUCUAUUAAGAUUAUUUUCAAUCCUCACUCCAUUUUAUGAGGUAAAAGUGCAAAAUGAGCUCAGUACUUCACACUGUGCGGGUUUUU